AUCGUCGCAUUUCAUUUGCAUUUUCUUAACACACCACACAUUAAAAAAAAAAGAAGAAAUAUUUUUUUUGUUGCCAUUAAAAAAAAGUUAAUUUUUUUCGUUCAAUGUUUAAUUUGUUGUGUGUUUUGUGUUCAAUAAACGCAAAUUGAAAUAAAACUCAAGCCCGUAAAUCGUAUUUAUCGUUUGGUUUGUUUGUAUAUUUUGUUGUGUGUUUGUUUAGUAUUCGCGUAUUAUUUUUCUGUACUCUUCUUCUUAAUUUUGGGGCCAAUCGAAAUAUAAUUCCGUGCAGUAUUGAUGCGAGACAAAAUAAAUCUCGUGUGUAACCUUCGCCCAAGUGGUUUCGUGUGAUAUUUCACGUGAAAAUUCAUGUGAGGUGUGCUGUGGUGUAAAAAUCGAGAAGUCAGGCUAAAAUCUCACUCUCUCGCUUGUGUAGACCACAAGACACACGAUUGAUUUUUUUCUUAGAAAAAUCACAUACACACAACAGAUAAAACGAAAGACGAACAAAAAUUUCGUAUACACAAUGUCAAUCAACGAUACGUCACGGAAGCUGCAAAAGCUUGAGGAUCGAUUUCAUGAACCAUCGAAUGGACGACGCCCCAACCCUUUGCCAUUACCAACGACAGGACGUCGACCACCAAUGACCUUCGACUCAUUCCCACAACAGAGAACCAUCCGUCUCGAUGCCGAAACCGAAAUGAAACUCAAACAAAUUAUGAAACGAAAUGGCAUCAUUGCCAUUGAUGGUAAAGAAUAUAAAACCGAAACAAAGGAUCUUGAAGAUUUAGGGGAAUUAGGUAACGGCACCAGCGGUCAUGUAGUUAAAAUGAAACACACACUCACAAACAAAUCAAUUGCGGUUAAGCAAAUGAGACGAACAAGCAAUUCCGAAGAAGAAAAACGAAUUAUAACCGACAUUGAUGUGGUGCUAAAGUCACAUGAUUGCCCAUAUAUUGUACAUUGUCUAGGUUGUUUUAUAACCGAUGCAGACGUAUGGAUUUGUAUGGAAUUGAUGGCCACAUGUUUUGAUAAACUCACCAAAAAAACAAGAGAACCGGUGCCUGAACCAAUUUUGGGCAAAAUUACCGUUGCGACGGUACAAGCCUUACAUUAUCUAAAGACUCAACACGAUGUUAUUCACAGAGAUGUGAAACCGUCAAACAUACUAAUUGAUGAACGGGGCAACAUUAAACUCUGUGAUUUUGGAAUAAGUGGGCGAUUAGUGGACUCAAAGGCGAAGACAAGAUCGGCUGGAUGUGCCGCAUAUAUGGCUCCCGAACGUAUCGAUCCAAAGAAGCUCGACUAUGACAUUCGAGCGGACAUUUGGUCACUCGGGAUAACGUUAGUUGAAUUAGCAACUGGAUCAUUCCCAUAUGCCGGUUGUAAUACCGAUUUCGAAGUACUUACGUGCGUUUUGGAAAAAGACCCACCAUGUCUGCCAGCCGAUAAAGGUUUUAGCUUAGAAUUUCAGCAAUUCGUUAAAAAAUGCUUGACGAAAGACUUCCGUAAUCGGCCAAAAUACCCCGAAUUGUUGGAAAGUGAUUUUUUCAAAAUGUAUGAAAAUGCCGAUGUGGAUGUAGCCACCUGGUUUGCUUCUGUCAUGCACACAAACAAUCAACAACCAUCGAAUGAACCACGCAGGCAACCAUCACUUGUAAUGGAUAAGAGAAUAGUAAAUCAAGUGCCGUCGUCCAUUGUACCAACGACAGUUACAUCAUCAUUAUCGUCACACAUACCAACCUAUCAACCAUUUAGCCAUAAUCAAACGAAUUCAAAACUAAGUAAUGGAUUCACAGUGGCCGAUCCAUCAUCACAGCAAUCCAGCAAUCCAUUUCAAUGUAACAACGAAACGACUAGCCAACACAGAACCGAAACGAAUACAAAUACCGAAACGACAUCGCCGGCGAUUGUCCAUCAAUUUUCACCAAGUCUUAGUCGAACGUCGUCGAUUAGCGAACAUGAUAGCCCAUUACCAAUGAUGCCAAAUUUUGCACGCAGUCCACCGUUACAGACGAGAAAUGGUGGAUAUAGUACAUUAGCGAAUUCAAAUUCAAUAGUAGCUUCAAAAUCACCGCCAUCACAAAUUGAAUCAACCAUGACCAUUCCACGUAAUGACGAAUUUAAUGUGACACGAUUAAGCAAUUAUGGUUACACACAUGCCGAACCAAUGAUAGCCACACUUGAACAGCAACGCAUCGAUCAUCAUCGGCAAAAUGUUUCACCACAAAUGAUUCAUUUUCAACAAAUUGAAGAACGAAUGGUUGAUCAACUUAAUGAAUUGUAUAAAGCAACGAUGAUGAUACAUGCAAAUCAAAGGGACACAGGAACACCAAGACUUGUUGAACAUGAUGAAGUCAAUCGAAUUAAUCAAACUUAUUUGCAACAACAUGAACCUAUUUAUAAUCCAGCGCCACACAAUCUACUACAUCGAAACAAUUCUCUAUCACCAUUUUUACAACGGAAGUACUCAUUGCAAGCGCACCAACAACGUUUGAACGAUGCAAAUUCACCGCGUUGGAGGCCUCAGUAUGGUCGGUCAAUAAGUGCGACAGCGUCACCAAACUUGGAUGCACAUCGACGGUAUCAAACUGCAAUUCCAGUUCUGGACACGGAUAGAAAUCAAAUGGUUCGACUCAAGGGAAACACAAGUCCAAUUGUACUUCAACGGUUUUACCACCAACAAAAUCAAUUGCGUGAAAAAGAGGCGAACGGACAAGUGUACAAUGUACCACCGUCGCAUAUUCCAAAACCGGUGCCACAGUAUAAGUCCGACUAUGAAAAGCGAAUAAAUGAAUUAAAUGAAAAAGAGCACCAUCAACACCAGUCGUCGAAUCCAUUUUUACGUCAAAUACCAAAGUUAACGCACAAAUUAAAUCCAUUCAAACCGCAAAGUCCAAAGCUCAAUGCACGCGAUGAGCCAUUGUAUGCAAAUUCCCAUAUUCCAAUUUAUCAAAAAAAUUAUGACCAUUACGAUGGUGGUGUGCCACCAAAGGAGAGUGUACACCGUCGAAUACCAAUCAAUCCACCGGCUGACAUAUACUAUGAAAAAACGGCAUAUCCGGCUGUCGCAUACGAAGAUCACUAUCCAAAUGAGUACAAAAAUGUGUAUAAUGCAACCACAAGUCCGGUGGUGAAAGAGAAAAAAAGUAACGGAACCAAAAAUACCUCAGACGAUGCAGGAUGGUUUAAUUCGCUGGCUGGCAUAGUUAAACGACGAUUUGCUUCCUACGUUAAAUCCCAUUUAGCCACAUCGUCCGGUGAUGGAAGCAAAAAAGAACGCGAACCACAUUAUGGGCAUCCAUUGCAUCCAACGUCACCGUAUCAUUUUGAGAAAUUGAGACAAUUCGCACCAACGUCAUCGUCGAUGCCAUCGAGUCCACAUUUUGGACAUCGGUCACAUAUCGAUCAACAUUAUGAUAAAGAACGGAUGGCCGCGCAUAGUCCACGUAUUUUGAACAACAUGGAUCGAAGGCAUCGAAGUCCGGAUCCACCACCAAGGUACAACAAAGGUCAAUCCCCACUGUUGCUUCGACGAAAUUUGCUGGAGUAUGGAACUCAUCAGGUUGCGCCAUCACCUUUACUCCCCCGAAGGUAUAUCGUUUCAACGUCACCUCCGUUACCACCACCCCGCAAAGGAUCUGACAGUAUUCCCGGUUCGCCGCAACAGCUACGUGCUCGAAUCCACUACACCCCCGAGCCUCAACGUCGAAUCUACCGAACUGGCAUCGAUCAAUGAGUGGGGCUGAAAAUCCGCGCUAUAUGACUUGCGUAUGGAUUCUGAAACAAUCAAUCGCUCAUCAUACUCCAAUUCGAACCGUGUUACUCUUUUUUUCUCUAUUUAUAUCGAAAACAUUGUACAAUUUGUUUUAAUUUGUUCAUAUAUAUUUUUUUUGUGUGUGUGCUAAGGUGCAUUCAUGUGUGGCAAUCGACUCACAAUUCAUGUCGGGUCUUUGAAGUUCUAGUCAAAAUAUUCUAAUAUUUGGAAAACUCUCUUUUAAAAGAAAUUAUGUGCAACGCAAUCAAAUCACCGGUUUCUCAUCCUCGAUGCGAUCGAUAAAAAAAAAUUGGAUUUUUUUUCUCUUGUGCAAACUGUCGUUGGAACGAAAAUCCAGUCAAAAUAAUCUCAUUCAUUCUGAAGCGAAUAUAUAAUUAUUAUAAUCAACUCUUUUUUAAUCAUACAAGAAAAAAAAAAAACAAGAACAAUUUAAUAUUAGAAAUGAAUAUUUAAACAAACAAAAAAAUAACUAUUUUACAUAUUAAAAUAUGUAGCGAGAAAAAAAUCGUAUUUUUCAUUGAAUUUUUCAUAAUUUAUAAUCGCCAAUUGGAAUGAACGACGAUUUUCGCAGUGUAAACACACACACCCCGAAGACCAAGAAGAGGAUAGAUUUAAAAUGAAAUGCAUACGAUUACAUGUGACAUGGAAUUAUUUGGAUCUGGUACCCUUGUCGAAGAUUAUUUGACUGAAAAAAGGGAACGGCGCUUGUUUUAGUUCAAAUUUCGAUGAAAACUUUUUACUUGGAAUUUUAUUACCGAUUUUUAAGUGAUUCAGCCAGCUUAGUUAAUUUGUUAAAUGUCCGUUUGAUUCUAGCUAUGACCAAAUCCAAAUCAAUUCCAUUCACAAAUUGUCGUUUGUCAUGAACGUGUUUUGUGUCAGGCUCUUAAUUAAUAACUUAAUACGAUAAGUUAUUUAAAAUUAAAAGAUGCAAACAAACAACAAAAUCUAUUAGAAAAUAUGAUAAUAUGUCGCCAUGGCAAAUUGUUCCUCAUUAUGUGGAACUAUUUGGCUUCUAUUUAUAUAAUAAAACAAAAAAAAAUUGAAAAUUUAUCGGA